AUGGCGUCGAACACGAUCAGCGAUAUAACAGACGAAUUUCUCGUCUGCCAGGUGUGUUUGGAGGACUUCAAGCAGCCUAAGAUGCUGUCGUGUCUUCACACCUUCUGCCAGCCGUGUUUGGAGAAGCUCCUGGCCACAGAGCCUUUAGGGAAACUGGACUGUCCAACAUGCCGACAGGACGUGCCCCUCCCAGAAAAUGGCGUGAAGGGUCUGAAGUCCAACUUCCUCGUUGGCAAACUGCGCGACAUUCUGCAACAACAGCCGAAAGGGGCAACUAGUACUUCCAAGGCGCGGGAGGAAGGAGUCCCAUGUACGGCCUGUGAGGUCGGGAACUCGGCUCAGUUCUACUGUGUGGUGUGUACCAACUAUUUGUGUCAGACAUGUAACGGCACCCAUCGUCGGCUUCAAGUGACCAAGUCCCACAAAGUUGUAACACUUCAAGACCUGCAAUCCGGCCAAGCUGCCGCCGAGCUAAGAGCAAGGGAGACCUCCAAGUGUGAGGAUCACCGUGAACUGAACAAGUUCCACUGUGAUACCUGUCACCGGGUCAUCUGUCUGCACUGUGUGGUCACGGCGCACAAAGAUCACCAGUAUGUGGAGAUAGAGAAGGCGGCCGAGAGGGAGGGAGCAAAGAUCAAGGCAAAACUGGCGACAGUCAAGAACACAGCAGACCUGCAUGAGAUGUGGAUACAGCAGCUGCAGUUAGUGAAGAACGUGUGGUCUUCAGAGGUACAGCGGACAGAAGAACAGAUCAGAAAACAAGUCAACUCGAUCAUCGAUACCGCGAAGAAGGUGGGAAACGACAGAAUCGCUCAGCUUCGCGCCAUGAACGUUGCUCGGGAGAAACAGAUGGAAGCCGCCAUGGAGACAGCUGAGAUGGACCUGGCCUCAGCCAGGAGCUGUGUCCAGUUCACGGACAACGUGUUGGAGUACGGGAGCCCGGCGGAGCUCAUGUCGGUGGCAGGAGAACUGGCCGGACGGUUGGACCAAACCGGGGAAGACAAGAACACCGUGAAAUCUGAACUGACCGAGAACUUUGUGACCUUGACCUUAGACCCACCAGCUGGUGACCUAGAGCAGGAAGUAGCUAAACUUGUAAGUGGGAUAAAACAGGUGAGAACACCUUUGCGUCCACCUCAAAUCAGGCAGGUGCAACCGAACGUGGUGAUCGGGAAUGGCGGUGCGAGUGUAAAACACGUGAAAACUGUUGGGGAAGAGGGCAGUGGGGAUGGGCAGUUAGACUAUCUCGCAGUCACCGCAGAGGGAGACAUUGUAGUAACUGAUAAUGAAAACUCACGGCUGCAAUUUCUGAACAAAGGUGGCUCUUUCAAGAAGAAGGUCGAUCUGGGGUUCAAGCCGUGGUCUGUGGCGGCACUGACAAACGGUGAACUGUUGGUGACAGGAGACGGACACAAGAUUCACGUACUGGACAAACAGGGGAGGGAGUCACGUGUCAUCCAGGUGACAGGGGCUGCAGAGACAGAUGAAACUACACUCGGUGUCGCUGUUGACGGUUUGGGACGCAUCAUCGUCACUAUCGGGUACCAAGUUCUUGUACUCAGUCCCGGCGGUGACGUCAUGCUGAAAUUCGGAUACAAAGGUCAAGGUCAGCAGCAGCUGAGUUCCGACCUCCGCGUUACCGUCAACAGCAGCAACCAAAUCAUCGUCAGUGACUAUGACAACCACAACGUGAAGGUAUUUGACCCCGCCGGUCGUCAUCUUUUCACGUGCGGGUCACUCGGCUCGGGACCUGGUCAGCUCAACAAGCCCGAAUGUGUCAUCACGGACAGCGAGGACAAAAUCAUCGUGGCUGACUGUAACAACUGGCGUGUUUCCGUGUUCAGUCGGAACGGCACGUUUAUCAGGCACGUGCUGACACGGGAGGAACACGGACUGUGCGGUCCAUUGGGACUGGCGCUGACUCACGACGGACAUUUGGUCGUUUCUGAAUGUACUCAUUCUAUUAUAUUUUUCCACGGAAAAUAA